AUGGCGAUCAAACACAACCAGCAGCUGCCCAACAACCACUUCCGCAAGGACUGGCAACGCCGGGUUCGCGUCCACUUCGACCAGGCCGGCCGCAAGUCUCGAAGACGGGCUGCUCGUCUGUCCAAGGCCGCCGCCGUCGCUCCCCGACCCGUCGACAAACUCAGACCCGUCGUCCGAUGCCCUACCGUCAAAUACAACCGCCGUGCGAGAGCUGGCCGGGGUUUCACCUUGGUUGAGUUGAAGGAAGCCGGUAUCCCGCGCAAGCUCGCUCCCACGAUCGGUAUCGCCGUUGACCACCGCCGCCAAAACACCUCCCAAGAAUCGCUCGCCACCAACGUUGCCCGCCUCCAGGCCUACAAGGCUCGCUUGAUCCUGUUCCCGCGCAAAUCUGGUCAACACAAGAAACUCGACAGCUCCGCCGAAGAGGUUAAGCUGGCCGAAGAUGAGAGCAAGACCAUCAAGAAGGUCUCCACCGCCAUCCCGAUCGACAGCGGUGUUGGCUUGAAGCACGGCUUCUCCGAGAUCAGCAAGGGUGACCUCCCCAAGGGCGAGGAGAACGCUUACCGCAAGUUGAGAAUCGCCAGAUCUGAUGCCAGAUUGCUCGGUGUCCGGGCGAAGAGAGCCAAGGCCAAGGCCGAUGCUGAGGAGGCCAAGAAGAAAUAG